CAAUAGAUUAAAAUGUAGUGGGACUUUAAAGUGUUGGUGCAAACUUCCGUUGCUGACCAUGCUAAACCAGUGUGGUCCGAAACUUUCUAUUAGAUCUAUUUGUCAUAUUUUUUUUAACGUAUCCUCCCUGAAUUUUUAAAGGUCAUUAAUGCAUUUUAAAAAUUACUGAUAACCAGUGAAAACAUGAAAUGAAAGAUAAAUAAGUCUAAAAUUACAACAUCAAAACCCAUAUUUAGCUAAAACCCUACUGAAAUAAAAAAAAAGUCUUUAAGUGUGUUUUAAAAUCCUCAGCUUAAUCAAUAGAGUGGAGGAACAGAGGCAGAACAUUCCAGAGCUGUUGUUAUACGGUACUCGAUCUCCUCUAGUUUUAAAAGGAGUGUGAGGGGGCAACUGAAAACCUGACUGGAGGGUCUAAGACCAUGAGAAGGUUAAUAGAAUCUAAAAAGCUCAAAGAUGUAAUGUGGAGCCUGACUAUAGAGCUCUAAAAGGAAAACCUUCUCUUUUGCUGAUCUGGGUUAAAAGAAGAGCAACAUAGUUCUGCUCAGGGUAAAAAGGAAAGCUCCCUGUUGAAUGCCCCGUCAUUAAUAGUCCAUUAUAUUGUAAAAUAACUGCUUUUCUUACGGGUAAAUCUAACUUGUUGACAUCUGAGCAGGUCUGUUUUCUCCUCCACUCAUGUCUUCCUGGAAGGCCAGAUAGUGUUUACAUGGCUCCAGGCUUUGGGUCUUUGUUCAGCAUGAAAACAUUCAGUUAAAAGAACGGCUUAAAAACUAAAACUUCUCACCGAAUGUCAAGUAAUCACACUGUUCCAUCUCAGAGAAAAAGCAAAAAGUUUGAACAUUUUGUCCAACUUAAUUUUUAGAUAAACCUAAGGGAAAUAAACUUUUACAAAUGCAACUACUAACUGGAGUUUUACUUUACCUACAAACACAGUCAGCCCUUAAUGACUAAAAGCAAUCAAAAUGCUGUGUUUAAAGAAAAAAAUAAUUAUACAACUUCCAUUACAUUCUGGAAAAAUUAGCCUCUUAACAAUAAAUACAUCAAUGCACUCAAAAAGUCAAGACUGCUUGGAUCAGAUGCAACAGGAUCCACUCGUCUUUUUUCCAUAUUGACUCUAAUAUUUUUCUUUUUAAGAAUAAUAAAUAUUAACUUGCAUUCAAUGGAACUGCUUUGUCAAAAUUUAAAAGAAUCCCUGUUAAUCUUUCCAUUUCAAAGCAAAAAUUAGCUUUGACCAACACUCAGUAUUUACACCCUAAAAAAAGUUGUAUUUAUUUAUUGUCUGCGUUUUUUGGUUCACUUUUUGGGCUCUCAGACUAAAGUAACUUGGUGUUGUAUUUUUUCAUUGUCCAUAUAAUGCAAAGAUCCUGUUUGUGUGUGUCGGACUUGGAGCGCCUGACAGAAACCGUUUUGAACAAACUGAGCAACUGAUUGUUGCUCAGGGGUUUUUUCAAUAAUUUACCAAGGUUAGCAGUGUCUUAGUCUGUAAAAUACGGAGCUUGGUGCCUUCCACAAUGUUAAAAAACCAAACAAAAAUUCAAAAUCUAACUACUAACCUCUCUGAGGCUUAGCUCUCCUGAACUCCAUCUUUUCCUCCUUUUCCAAUUUCAGUUAUAUUUUAAACUGACUUUUCUUUGCAGCUUUAAUGUUCUAAAUACUAUUUCCUAACCUAAUAGGGUAAACCAAGCUUGUAGUGUUUGGGAAGAUUACAGGGCAUUAAAACUUUGAGUGUUACUGGAGCUCCCGUAUCAGUGCUCCUGGCUCUGUCUUAGUAGACCAGGCAGCACAUGUUUUCUUAAGAGUAACCAGAUAGUGUCAUUUUAAGUGCUCACCAGAUGUUUGGCCCCAUCCAUGGCUCCUUGAAGGGAUAUGUCGUGGUGUUAAAGCUUAACUCUAUGAUUGAAUCGUUGAGUCAGCCAAAAUUGAAGGCAAGGUCGGCCCCGGCUCAGUAAGGUUCACUUUGGCCUGAUUCCACUCUUGUAGCCUGACAUGUCAGCCAAGUGACUGGAAGAGGCUCCUGUGAUCUAAUCUUGCUAAUGGUCUCUUUGUUGUUCUAAGCACCAGACUGCAGACUGCAUGCCAAUGUCACUCAGUUGGUGUGGCUGACCUGACACUAUUGGUGUUUCACUGUGAAGCUGAGAGCAGUGGAUGGAUGUUCAAGACGGCAGGAAGCCAUGUUCUCAUCAUCUCAUUGUUUCAUUUUAUCAGCAGGUCAUGCCAAGCCGUCGCUGUAGUGGUAUCACUGCCUUGGUUUUCUUUUGUCCUGUUUCUAUCUGUUUUUGGCAUGUCUAUCAGCAUGCCUCAGGCUCCUUCCCUCCAUGUUGUGAUAUGACAGCCUCCUGCCCAUAGACUGUAAAAGGCAAUGGAUGAAUUCAGGUGUGACAUCACCGAUAGAAAAUGCCUGACCUCCGGCUCUCGCUAAAUCCCUCAUCAUUGCUUCUUGAUACAGGCACCACCAUAUGAAAUCAGUUGACAGUGAUUGUCUACUAUGGCAAUGGCAAAAGUAGUUGUCAUACGAUGACUCAGCGCAACUCGGACCAAUCACUGUUGACUGGUUUCAAUAUGGCGGCCGCCGUAAAGCGAAGCAAUGGUACUUCCUAUUUGGGAACACCAGGAGGGAGGGGCUGAGCUGUCCAUUGUUUUUACAGUCGAUGCUUCUGCCACAACAAAACCUGUUGGAACUCUGUUCUUCUUUACUUCUCUUGGCCGUGUUUGGUGGUGUGUGCUCUGUUGUUCACCGGGUGCUGUUUUUAUCGUUACAUGCUCCAGAUCGGUGGAUUUGUGUUUUAUCAGGAUGUGUGCACAGGGCACUGACAGGUAAACUCUGCAACGUUUUCUUGAUGCAGUCGGAGAUCUGAAACUUCUGUCACAUCUUCAGCUCCACCCGCCCUUCUACACCCUCCCCUCUACUUGUCCCAUAAAGCUCCUGUAGCCUUUAUCUUUCUCUCCCAGCUUCUGGACUAUGUAGUUUCAUGGCCUUUGCAUGGCCUCGCUUCCCUACAGGGCAGAAGUGAUCUGCAUGGAUCUCCUCUUACUCGUCGGCAGCACAUUCGGUUUGCUGACCCACUUACAUUCAGGACUCUUCAGCUGAGCUCAGCUGAGUGAGCCUGGAAACUGGCUGCUCUCUGCACUGCUUUGCAUGACCCCAGUGUAAUGUUGUAUGCACAACCGAUGUUCACCAAGUGCCAACAGAGGAGGAGUACACUGUUCUGCUUGUUCUCCUCUGACUCUAGAACAAGACCCGAAUUCAGUCAAACAAGCAGUAUGAAGAAAGUUUCUGCAUGAGAGUAUUCCUGCUGCCUUUCAGCCUGAAGAGGCUAUAGGCAUUCCUGUGAAUGUCAACUGAAAUUGAAGACACAAGCAGAGAUGGCCCACACGUGUCGUGGAACAAUAAACUUGGCCACAGCGCACAUCGACACAGAGGACGCAUGCAACAUCGUCCUGAGCAGCGGAGGCCGCACUUACCACCUGAAGGCCAGCACCGAGGUGGAGCGGCAGAGAUGGGUGACGGCGUUGGAGUUGGCCAAAGCUAAAGCCAUCCGCAUGAUGAAUGAUCAGUCUGAUGACUCAGGAGACGAGGAGCCCACAUCCCAGUCGGACCGCAGUGAGCUACAGGGUACGCUAAAGUUACUUGUCAGCAAGCUUGAUGACCUCAGCACAUGUAAUGACCUCAUCGCCAAGCAUGGAGCAGCCCUGCAACGUUCCCUGACUGAACUUGAAGGCCUCAAAGUCACCAUUGAAGGUGGAGAAAAGAUCAAGGCUGUCAACGAGCGAGCCACCCUCUUCCGCAUCACUUCCAAUGCAAUGAUCAAUGCAUGUCGAGACUUCUUGGACCUAGCUGAGACUCACAGCAGGAGAUGGCAGCGUGCACUCCAGUAUGAGAGAGAGCAGCGUACCCACUUAGAGGAAACCAUUGAGCAGCUUGCCAAACAACAUAACAGCCUGGAGCGGGCGUGGAGGGAAGCACCCACGCUUGCUUCAAGCUCACCCAGUGCCCCCACCACAAACAAGGGAGGUGAAAGGUCAAACAAAGAAGAGGCGAGUGAUGAAGAUGAGGAUACGGAGUACUUUGAUGCCAUGGAGGAUUCCCCUGCAUUCAUCACAGUGACUGCCAGUGAGAGCAGCCAGCACAGGCGAUCUCAGAGUAACUUGAGUGGCGCGAGUGGAGGACAAGCCUAUGAGUGGAACCAGGACGACAAUAUGUCUCCAAGCUGCAAUGAUGUAUCAGGAAAGGAGCUGCAACCCCGCAGAGAGAGACGAACUCGUGUCCCAGACAAGCCCAAUUACUCCUUGAACUUGUGGAGCAUCAUGAAGAACUGCAUUGGCAAGGAGCUCUCCAAAAUCCCAAUGCCUGUAAACUUUAACGAGCCUUUGUCGAUGCUGCAACGUCUCACUGAGGACUUGGAGUAUCAUGAACUCUUAGACAAGGCAGCCCGCUGUGAGUCUUCUUUGGAGCAGAUGUGCCUGGUCGCUGCCUUUUCUGUCUCCUCCUACUCCACCACUGUCCAUCGGACUGCCAAGCCCUUCAACCCCCUUCUGGGUGAGACCUAUGAGCUCGAUCGCCUGGAGGAGUUUGGCUACCGGUCACUGUGUGAGCAGGUGAGCCAUCACCCCCCUGCAGCUGCUCAUCAUGUGAUUUCCCAAAGAGGCUGGACCUUGUGGCAGGAAAUCACUAUAGCCAGCAAGUUUCGGGGGAAAUACCUCUCCAUUAUGCCUCUGGGUACCAUCCACCUGCAGUUUCACUCCAGUGGGAACCACUAUGUGUGGAGGAAGGUCACCUCCACUGUGCACAACAUCAUUGUAGGAAAGUUAUGGAUUGAUCAGUCAGGAGACAUUGAGAUUGUAAAUCACAGGACCAAGGAGGCCUGCCAGCUCAAGUUCUCUCCUUACAGCUACUUCUCCAGGGAUGUUCCUCGAAAGGUGACGGGGGUUGUGGCAGACAGUUCAGGCCAGGCGCAUUACAUCCUCUCCGGCACGUGGGAUGACAAAAUGGAAAGCGCCAAAAUCCUUCAAAGCAGUCGAGGGGGCAGCGGAUCAGAAGGAAAGCAAAAGACUGUCUAUCAAACUCUGUCCCCAAAAUUGCUGUGGAAGAAAUACCCUCUACCAGAAAAUGCGGAAAACAUGUACUACUUCUCAUCUCUGGCUCUGACCCUGAAUGAGCCAGAAGAAGGAGUUGCAGUGACCGACAGCCGGCUGAGACCUGACCAGAGGCUGAUGGAGGACGGAAGAUGGGAUGAAGCAAACGCUGAAAAGCAGAGGCUAGAAGAGAAACAAAGAGCUGUGAGGAGGAGGCGGGAAGCAGAGGCCUCCGAGGCUUUGGAUGAAGAGUGUGAGUAUGACUCUGGUAGAGAAUAUGAAGGAUACCAACCACUGUGGUUCCACCAGAGGCGGGACUCGCUCACCGGAGAGACGAGCUUCGUGUAUAAGGGAGGAUACUGGGAGACAAAGGAAAGUCAGGACUGGAAUAUCUGUCCUGACAUCUUUUAACUGGAGGAACUCAUCUCAAAUCCCCCUCUACGGGACGGGGAACCGCUCAGCCUUUGGUCCUCAGGCAGUGGGGCGUAGCUGGCUUAUGAGCACCACAUGGACCUUCCUGAGAAAGAGAAUGUGCGGAUUUCCUACAUUCUCUGAUCACUCUGUACCUCCAAAUGUACAAUCUCAUUCUUUUGAUUCUAUUAUGAGGACAGACAGGGUGGGAAGUCCUCUUUGAUGCUUUAAAGAUAUAUGAGAAGAUGAAGGAAUGCCACAGAUGAAGGUACCUGAAUGUUCCUGGAAUCUGCAAACAAUGCCCACUAAGCACUUUAGUGAGUUUACCAAACAAAGUUUAACUUCUUGAUGGAAUUCCAUAUUGAAAAACACAUGAUUAGAUUGACAAAAUCAUAAAGAGGCACUUAAAAACACAAAGCCUUGAUGCAAAGGUCAGUAAUUCUGUGCUUUCCAGAAAAGCUCCUUGUAUUUUAUUUAGCGCAAUUAAAAAUGAUGAAUGAGCUUUGUUCAAAUUGAUACAAUCAAACCUAAUCUUUCCCUUUUUGGCUGCUUAAAAUGUGCCUAAUAGAAGAGGCGUUAUGUGUGUAAAUAUCACAAAAUUAGAUAUCAUUUACAUUGCAGAGAAGAAAAGAGUUUAAAAAAAAAAGAUCAAUUCUGUCAAAAAGAAUUUAAAAAAUAUGAGCAUGUAUAUAAUAAUGAAGGACGCUGACAAUAAUACAGGUCUUUAUUUGAAAUGUGCAGUCUAGGGAAACCAGUCUGACCUGCCUGAACUGUGAUUACUUGAAAUCUCCACAGCUAAUACAAAUGAUUUUCAGGUAUGCACUAGUCAAAAACGUUAUAUUUUGGUGUAGUUGGACCCCCUAUUAACGAAAAUUCAGUCUUACCUGCUGUGAAAAUCAACUCCUCUGGAUAAACAGGGAAGAUUUCUGAUUGGAAAGAGAGCAGCAACUCAAAAAUAAUACUUGUUUUCUACCUAAAACUACCACAUAAAAACCCAAAUAUGAAGACAUUUGACUCAGACAAAUGCUAUAGUUUAUGUACCACGUUAAAAAAAUGGUCCUGCACUCUAUACACAACAGCAAUGGUGACUUAGACUUCACUCAACCUGAGUAGGACUGGAGUCUUAACGGACUUAAAAAUAGAAUUGAAGGACCUGAAUUUUGGAGUUUGUGAGUUGUUUCUAUUGGUUUCUCUUUAUUCUAACUUCAGACUUUGCUGUCUAACGAAGAAAGCCUUUUCUUUGAUUUCUUUUGUUUGGUUCUGCAGAAACACCAAAUGUGCCAUUCCGUGUUUCUGCUGGUUGUGUUCAAGUAGCAUAAAGAAAAAUUGUGACACUAAAAUUCUCCUUUGACUUGGACUUGCAAAAAGUGACUUUUGUACAUCUCUGGUGUUUAACUCCAUAAUUGUCUAAACUGCCAUUCAACGACAGCUAGGAUGUUUAAUAAAUUCAAAAAAGGACAGUAACGUUUGAGAAAACUUCUAAAAAAAAAGUGAUAUUCUUCUGUGGCAUCCAUUUACUCUGACUAGAAGUUUAUCCUUCAUAGUUGGUCCUCAAUAUUUUAAUUAUUGCAGCAGCUGAGAGAUCGAGUAAUUGUGAAAACUUUCACACAAUCCCACUUCCAAAACAUGAGAAACCUCUCUUUGGGAAUAUUAGUUCAAUAUCCGGACUCUCUUCUGUAAUUGUGUUUGAAAUAUCUGAUGCCUUGAAACUUCUGUGAGUUUAAUGCACUAAACAUACUUGAGAUAUUUCUCCAUUUGUAAUUUUAUAAAUACACAGUAGUAGUCCUGAACUUCCAGGGAAUGUGCAGCAUUCAAGCACUAACAUAACCACCCAUCAAAAACAAGAGGCAGCAUUUUUCAGCUCAGUUAACCAGUACUUAGUAAAAAUCACUAACAUGUAGAAAACCAGCUCCAUCUGUGCUUAAACCAUACCUUGUUCUUUUGUGCUCUGACACAGUUUGACUGAUCCGUCUCAGUGAGUGAACAGUAUCAUCUAGCACUAUCUAAGAUCUGCAUUUCUAGUAUUUAAAUUGUCUUUCUGGAUAAAAAACAAACAACAAAGCCCUUGGGUGGAUUCAGCUAAUGGGAGGUUGUAGAUGCUGACAGGGCUGGUUCCUGAGGCUUUCCAGCAGGCAGCCGGGCAGCUGCAGCUGCAGCUGUAGCCACAGGCUCGGCUGCUCCAGACCCACCAUUCACAAGGAUGCUGAUCUGGGAUCAGCCUACAGAGGUACCACGAGUCUUUUUUGCCUUCAACUGACUGAAUAAGGGAACACAUCCCCUUACCUGUGCACUACGAGAAUACAUUACAGAGUUUUCAGAACCAGUUAGUAUUUUUUUUUUGUAAUUAUUGUUGGGAAUGUAGAAAUCGUGGCUGGAGGUACCAGCCAUCUAGUCUAUUUGUGUGAAUAUUUUGUGAUAAAACAAUAUUGUAUAUUAAGAAAUAAUUAUACUAAUCUAAGUCAGAAGUUAUCUGUACAGAAAGACUGAAGCUUGCUGUCAUUAAACGUUUGAUUUGUUUCUGUGAUCUUGGACGUUAACCCUGCUGCACCUGUGAUUUCGCCAAAAAUUCUCUUCAACCCACAAAAAGUAAUUUUUAUUGAUUGAUGCUCACUCACUAAAAACAAAGGUGGUGUCUUCUGAUGCGCAUGAUGAUGUGAAAAUGCUCUCAAGUUGCUUUCAGAAGCUGAAUGUGUCUAUGAUUGAUGCUGAAAGUGAUUUUAAGUUUGAUCUGUGAUCUGAUGGUUAACUGAUUGAUGACUGAUUACUUUUUUGUUUUUGAUCAAAUUAUAUUUCUUGAAUGUGUUUAGAUUAAAUGUUCAAAAAAUUUAACACCAUUUUUUGUUUUGUUUUUUGCUUCAAAAAAAGUAAAAAAAAAAACAAUGUAAUCUUGUCUAAAAGAAAUAUUUCAACAGAGUUUGAUUUUAUUUUUAUUCUGCAACAGAGAGAAGCAAGAAAAGCAGCUUAGUUAAAAUUGACUACUUAAGCGAGACUCUCUGUAUACGUUUAUGGUUAUCUUUAUUAAUUUAAAAGAUGUUUUCCUCUACAAUAGCCCAAUUGUAGUCUCUGUAUGGAGGAUUUCAUCAAAAUUUCCUCUCAUAUGUUGGUCCAUUAUUGAAAUAAAGUUAAUAAUAGAUUAUUUCGAAGCUUACAGGACAAUUUGGCCCCGUUAAAAUUAUUUGAAAUUAUCAAUUUUAGUUUCUGUUCAUUAUCAAACAGCAGUCAGAUAUAUUUAGCUUAAAGUCCAUCUCGUGGUUUUUCUGCUUUCACUCAUUUUUCUCACAUUUGAAAAAGCUGCAUUCAUCUUAACACGGCAAGCUCAAAAAAAAAAUGUAAAGGUUUUUUUAAUACCUGUGUAAGUAAAUCACUUAUCACUAACCACAAACUCUCCAUAUCAGAACCAGCAAUCGUGCGUGUUGUCUCAAAAAAUAAAGUUUUUCUUCAUGAAUGAAGAAACUUUUUAAAAAAAAACACCACAGAUGUUCAUUUUUAGAGACAUUUUUAAAAUUACCCUCAUAAAUAACCAUUUGUGGUAUAAAUCAGAAAAAAAUUAGCUAAAAUGUUGAAUUAUUCCUUCCCUUUAAUUUCACUUGUUUGUUCCUCCUCUCGACUCAGACACUCCCAUUUCUAUGAGGUUCCAUUUGUGCCAAAAAUAUCACAAAUGGAACCUCAUACAUUUCCACCCAUGGAUAGAGCUUUGUGUGCACAUUUUCCUCAUGUCGAUGGUGUCCUUUGCACCCUCGGACACUUCUGCAGCAACAGUUUCUCCUAUGCCAUCUUUCAAGUUCUCAUUGCUCAAUUACGUCUGCUCUGUUGUCGAGUCCUGACAUCUGAAGGAACACAGGUUACAGGUGUGCUGUGAGGAAAUUCAACGUUUAAUCUGUUGUUUUUGUAUUUUAGAUGCACUUCAGAGUUUAAUAUAUUGUGUUAGAGAUGAAUUUAUAUUUAAGAAAACAUGAUAUACUAUAUUUUAACUAAGAUAGACAUUUUACUAAAGCACUGCUUUUGAAUUAGCAUAUUUCUACAUACCAUGACCUGUUUACAGCUGCUGUUACUUCAAACUGAGCCCUUGCCUGCCACAGAACAUGAGGAGAGAAAAACAACCAAAGUGAAAAAGGAGGGUAAACAUUUAGCUUUACGUUUUGAUGUUUUUAAAUCUCUUCUUUUUUCUUUUCUUAUUUUUUUAUCAUGAGUGCCAUUUUUUGCUGUUGGUGUGCAUAAUGGUUUAUGUGUGGCACACGUUUCCUCUUUACUCCAUGCUGCUCUCAGUUUUAUUACUGAAAGAGACCGAUAAAGAUGUGGAUGAUUGUUUUUUUUGCCUCUAAUCUAAGCCCUACUUCUUAUGACCUGUGACUUUGUGAUAAAACGGUGGUGGUGAUCAUGAUCUGUAUAGUGAUGAAAGGUAUCAGUAACAGUUAAAACAGUGGCCUGGAACAGAUGAAAGCGACUGACCUGCCUUCAUUCUUACUUUCCACAGGUGUGUUCAGGUCAAACUACAAAUUUAAUUGAAGUGUUUCUAUUUUUUUUCUUUUUUAUUGUGUAAUUUUCCCUUUAUUUUCACUCCUUAUAAAUUGUCUUUAAACAAGUCAACAAUAAUAAAAAGAAGAAAAUAAAGUUGUCUUUGUCUGCA